AGCGCGGCGCGGCACGGCACGGCAGUGGACUCACCUUCCCUCUCGGCUCCUCACCGUUGCCUCCUCCGCCAGCGAGCAUGGACGUCCGCCAAAGGUCCCUCCAGCGGCUCUCCUCGGCCGCCGCUGCUCCCUCUGUGGCGGGAGGAGCUCGUCGCCCCGCCGAUGCUUUGGUUCAGGCGUCCGACGUCCUCCCGCUCCCGAUCCGGUACACCAACUUCCUCUUCUCCGGCGUCUUUAUCGCCUCCCUCGUCUUUCUCAUGCGGCGGUGGCGCGAGAAGGUCCGCUCCUCCGUCCCGCUCCACCUUCUCGGACUCUCUGAAAUCCUCGCCGUCGUCGGCGUCAUCGCUUCCCUCGUCUACCUCAUCAGCUUCUUUGGCAUCGCCUUCGUCCAAUCCAUCGUCUCUUGCCACGACGACGAGGACGAAUUCCUUCUUUCCGCCCCUGUCCCCGGCCCCGCGGCCGCUGCUUGCGCUAUUUCGCUCGCUACCGACCCCAUUUGUCCGCUCCUCUACACCGACAAUGCCGCCCCCCGAAAGGACCCGGAGGUCACUGCCGAGGACGAAGAGAUCAUCUCCUCCGUGGUCGCAGGUAGGACCCCAUCUUAUGUUCUCGAAGCCAGGCUAGGGGAUUGCAGGAGGGCGGCCGGGAUCCGGCGGGAGGCCCUGAGGAGGAUCACCGGAAGGGCGUUGGAGGGGUUGCCGCUCGAUGGAUUCGACUACGCGUCUAUCAUGGGGCAAUGCUGCGAGCUCCCAGUGGGGUACGUUCAGCUUCCGGUGGGUGUCGCCGGACCUCUGGUGCUCGACGGAAGGGAGCACUACGUGCCGAUGGCGACCACAGAGGGGUGCCUGGUGGCCAGCACCAGUAGGGGUUGCAAGGCUAUCGCGCAAUCCGGAGGGGCCACGAGCGUGGUGCUCAGGGACGGCAUGACGCGGGCGCCGGUCGUGAGGCUGCCCUCCGCAAGGAGGGCUGCUGAGCUCAAGGCCUUCUUAGAGGAACCGAACAAUUUCGAGACCAUUGCCUUGGUGUUCAACAGGUCUAGCAGAUUUGCCAGGUUACAGGCAAUCCAUUGUGCUCUAGCUGGGAGGAAUCUCUACAUGAGAUUCAGUUGCAGCACUGGAGAUGCAAUGGGGAUGAACAUGGUUUCCAAAGGCGUGGAGAAUGUAUUGGGCUACCUGCAGAAUGACUUCCAGGACAUGGAUGUCAUCAGUAUCUCAGGCAAUUUCUGCUCCGACAAGAAGCCGGCUGCAGUGAAUUGGAUUGAAGGACGGGGCAAGUCGGUGGUUUGCGAGGCAAUCAUCAAGGAAGAGGUGGUAAAGAAGGUUCUUAAGACCAACACAUCUGCACUGGUGGAGCUCAACAUGAUCAAGAACCUUGCUGGCUCAGCGGUUGCUGGAUCUCUGGGGGGUUUCAAUGCUCAUGCCAGCAACAUUGUGUCAGCCAUCUACAUUGCCACUGGCCAAGAUCCAGCUCAGAAUGUGGAGAGUUCUCACUGUAUCACCAUGAUGGAAGCUGUGAAUGGUGGAAAGGAUCUUCAUGUUUCUGUGACUAUGCCAUCCAUUGAGGUUGGCACAGUUGGGGGUGGGACUCAGCUGGCUUCCCAGGCUGCCUGCUUGGACUUACUCAGUGUGAAGGGCGCAAGCCUGGAAUCUCCUGGGGCAAAUGCCCGACGACUGGCAGCUAUCGUGGCAGGCGCAGUUCUAGCCGGGGAGCUCUCUCUCCUCUCAGCUCUUGCAGCUGGUCAGCUUGUGCAGAGUCAUAUGAAGUACAAUAGAUCAGAAAAGAUUUCUCCAAAGCUGCCACCUGAAUGAAACCAUGUCAUCUUAAACAGCUUCCUCGAAGAUGGACAAAAUUUCUUAAGCUAGCAAGGUCGAUUUGCAAGGAACAUAAAUAAAGGUGAAGAGAUCCUGGGAUCUACAACUAGUUUCUUGCUGUAGGUGGGUUCAUAUGGUUAUUGAAACAGUUCUCUCUUCUGUUGUAACAUCUAUGUAUAUGAACUUUGCAGGCUCAUGGUGCAAUUAAAUGAACUCUUUUGCUUCCUCCUGGUUA